AUGGCGAUGUUGACCACUCUUCUGCUUCUCAGCACUGUCUUUGCUCUGGGAGAUGCAAGGGGUAGCAGAGAGUGGCAUCACAGAGUCUGCCCAUACGGCUGGCCCAAAUACGCAACACACUGCUAUCACUACUUCCCCUUCAUGACCACAUGGCCAGAGGCAGAGAGGAAAUGUUUGCACUUGGGAGGUAACCUGGCAUCAGUGCACAGCCUUCCCCAGUAUCGUUUCCUUCAGUCUGUCAUCAGGAAGAGUACCAGGAAAGUCCAGCGCACCUGGAUAGGAGCCAACGACGCCAUCAAGGAGGGUCUCUGGCUGUGGAGCGACGGGUCCAGGUUUAACUACCAGAACUGGGCCCCGGGUCAACCCUCUAACUCUGACCACUUUGUUGUGAAAGACAACACGAACGACCAGAAGCAUUGCACGGAGAUGAACUAUGGAGCUUCUCGCUGCCAGAACGAUGCCCCAUGCUGGUACAAACGUCCCUUCCUGUGUUCCAGAAAGCGCUGA